AUGGCUUGGCUCCCCCUGCUGGCCUUCUUCCUUGCGGGCGCGAGCAGCUUCAAGCUUCAGAGCAAUUCAAGCGCCCUCUUCGAGGGCUCAGCCACUCCAUGGGAGCUGGUGCUGAAAGUCGCCAAGACCGAUAAGCUUGGAUUCUCCUCGGCGUUGUGGACAAGCUCGGAUCUGCUGAACCAAGACUCGCCGUGGGAGAAAGAGGAAGAUGCCAAGUACGACGCCUACAACAAGGUCCCCUUCAAAAAGAUUCGCAUGUGUGUUGGAACCCCCCAGUCCAACUGUGUGGAGCACGUCUUCGCCAAGAAGUACCAAAGUGCCAAGGCACUCUUCUCCGCAGGCUACAUCCGCGAUGAGACCGUCAAGCAGGAUGGCAUCCUGAAAGCAUUCGGCCCGAAGAAAGGGGCCUACCAGGACUGCGCCAUGCAGAGGCCGGGCUUCAACAUCCAGUGCAAGGACGGCAACAAGGCGCGCUGGGGCUACUGCAACAACUGCGCGAGCCAGGGCUGCCAGAUAAGCGACAGCAACGACGCGGACUCCGCCAUCGGGAUUGGGCUCGCCGGGCAAUCCACGGAUACAGAGCUCGGGGGUGGCUGGACAGCGUACUUUGCAUCCGGGAAAGGAACGUGCUCCGCUAACAGCAAGACAUUCAAAGCCGUGUGGCUUUGGGUAGCCAGCCUCGAGGGCUCGUCGCGGCCCUACACGCGCAACGUGCGGGACUGGACGGCGGUCAUGAAGAUUGCUCAGACGAAAACCUUCGGCUUCAGUUCCAGCUACUGGGGGAACAACAAGUUGCUGAACUCCGACUCAGCCCUGGCUGUAGAAGAGGACGCAAAGUACCAAGCCUUUCUUGACAAGCCCCUCGAUGCCAUCCGCAUGUGCGUCGGCAAGCCCGAAGAGAACUGCGUGAUCCACACGUUCCAGGACCAGUACGACAGCGCAAAAGCCUUGUUCACAGCCGGCUACAUCCGCGACACGACCGUGGACCAGAAGGGCAUCCUCUCUGCGUUCGGCCCGAGUCCCGGAUCCUAUCAAAACUGCGGCAUGCAGAGACCGGGCUUCAACAUCGAGUGCAAGGACGGCAACAAGGCGCGCUGGGGCUACUGCAACAACUGCGCGAGCCAGGGCUGCCAGGAAAGCGACAGCAACGACGCGGACUCCGCCAUCGGGAUUGGGCUUGCCGGGCAAUCCACGGAUACAGAGGUCGGGGGUGGCUGGACAGCGUACUUUGCAUCCGGGAAAGGAACGUGCUCGGCCAACAGCAAGACCUUCAAGUCCGUGUGGCUCUGGGUUAGCUCUGGUUCAACAGCGAGCCAAGCACAAGACCUGGCCCUGUCCGCCGACUUCUCCAAAGUCGCGGCCGACGAGGCGAAGUUCCUCAGCGAGUGCAGCGCCGCCCUCGCGCCCGCCGAGUGCGUGAAGGUGGUUCCCCGCUCCCUGCGCACCGUGGUCACGGUGACGGCCCCAACCCUCCCGAAGCUCGAGAGGGCCUCCAGCCAGGUGUUCAACGCAGGCCUGGACCUGAAGACGAUCGGUAAGUUGAGGCCCUUGCUGACCGAGUGCGAGGGCACCUUGGCAACGGGUGACAACGCGAGGCACUGGGCCUGCGAUGGCCAGCCGCUGGAGAAGUGCGAUGCCACCUACACGAAGACCCCCAACGGACAGUACUACCAGUGUGGAGCACCGUACAGAAUGGCUACCACACAUAUCGAACAAUGUGUGCUCGCUCAACUCUUUGGCCACACCACUGAAGUUGGGCUUGACAUCAUCCGUUACCAAUUCAUGCCGCGUAAAGGCAUUCGGGGCUUUAUGCGGAAGCACGCAUUGCUGGAAGAGCCAAGAUCUCUCAAGUCUUUUGACGAGGAGGCGAUUAUGAGCUGUCCAGCCCUCGCAUCGAUUGCGACGACAACUGGGAAUUGCCUCCACUGCAUCCAGGACGCCGGAGUUGGCAAGUUCGAGCCAUCCGGCAGCCUUGACAUGUAUGUGGUAGCCACAUCCAACUGCGAGCUGCAUGAAUUCCGAGGGGAUUGUGCUUGCGAGGUGGACCCAGAAGCCAGGACAAUUCGAGAGGAAGUGCAUUGGUUCAACGGAACACACCACGGAGAGGGAGAGGUUGCACGUGAUAGUCGCGGCAAGGAUGCUCUGGCAGUGCGUCUUGCAGGCGUCGAUGCGCCCAGGGAGCUCCGGAGGGAGCUUCGUGUGAAACCAAAUGAGGCCCUGAGCAAGGAGAAGCCCAGGGCCAUCAUAACAUCCAAGGACGCUGGCGUCGUGCGGCACAUACUCGACAGUGGGCUGCUAGAGCACGUGCUCUUUAACAACCCAUUGUUUGAGCAGAGGUCGCUGAAACACGCUUCAAGGCGUGAUUUUGGAAGGCGCAUGGGUGAGCUCAUGCGCAAUUACGAGUACGCCGCGUCCAUGGAUUUUGGUGCAUUCGAUGGCAGCUGCACCAAGGAGGUCCGUGACCUUAUAGAGAAUGACAUAAUUGUGUCAAUGUUCUCUAAGCUCCUGGACGUCGAGAGCAAGGAUGGCCUGCUACACGCCGCGAUAUAUGACCGGAUCAAGGACAAGUGCCACAUGAACGUGAAGAACAUUAUCAAAGCAGUGGUGUUUGACAUGAUCAGGGAGAGCGGUGACCGAAGCACGUCAGUGUUGAACUUCCUGACAAACCUCACGCUGUGUGUUGCCACUGUCUCCAUGAUGUUGGAGCGGAGAGGAGAUGACGGACUGCAAGUCUUCAAGCAGGCAUUGAUUGACCUGUUUGGGGGCGAGUACGACUUUGGCACAAAGUGGUGUGGAGGAUAUGCUGAGUGUGGGUUCAAGAUUGAACCACAAGGGCCCGAUGGAGAACUCGACCAUUCUCAGUGUCUAGUCAGCACGAACGAGAGGCUUGAGUUCUGUUCAAAGAUUGCCGUCAGUGUGGGGGAGGAGACUUAUUCUUUUCCAAAACCCGCGAAAAUGAGCAACUCGCUCACCGUGUCUUUUGACAUAGGCGCCGACAGACACACAGCAGGCGCAACAAAAGCAAUCGCGAUGAUGGCAAACUGUGUACACCAGCCUCUGAUGUAUGCGGUGUGCAAAGCGGUUGAGGGGCACAAGAGAGAGGGGGGCAGAUUCAACCGGGAGUUGGCGAAAAACAUUUUCCAGGAGCUCCUCUACGAGGGCGGGGAAGGCUUUGAGGAGGCAAUCAAGAGGGAACACGAGAUCUUCAUGGCGGACGGGAAGGACGCACGGGCGAUGAUGUGUGCCUUCGAGAGAGAGACCGGAAUAUCGGUCGGGGAGCAGGAGGAAGCCAUUCUGCCCUUGGCCAGUGGGAACCUGGAUACG